AUGAAGAAUCUGUUGUGGUGUGCGGCGAAAAGAUAUCUUCCAACAAUGACUCAGCUUCAAUCGAAGAGAGUGAAUGUAAACCCUAUCUGUCCGGUCUGUUCUAUGGCUCCUGAAACCAUUGGACACUCUCUCUUAUCUUGUCCAGUUGCAGCAGUAGUAUGGGAUCAGGGGGAUGGGGUGGAGCAAUGGUGUGUUCCAAGCAGUAAUAAUAUUAAGGUUAAUGUCGAUGCGGUUAUGUUUGAUGAUAACUCUACCUAUUGUGUUGGGUUUGUGGCGAGAGAUUCCAACGACUUUUUUGUAGAGGGCGGUACAAAAUUGUUCCAUGGUUCGAUCUCUCUUGUGGUGGUCGAAGCAAUUGGGGUCCGGGAGGCGUUGAGUUGGAUCAAAGAUCAUUCGUGGCUCAGUGUGGUUUUAGAAACGGAUUGUCUUUCGGUUGUGCAAGCUAUCCGUAGCUCUGUGGUUAUGCUUUCCUUGUUUGGCCAAGUUGUUAGUGAUUGCAAGGAUUUACUAAGUACUUUGCGUAAUGUUUCUGUUUAUUUUGUAAAACGAUAA